AUGUCCGAAGGCAACCAGUCCCAGCAGCCCAGCCUCGUCGGUGGACACGUCCAGUACGCCAAGGGCGCCGCCGAGGCCACCAUCGGGGGCCUCACCGGCUCGCAGCCGUGGAAGGCGUCGGGCGAGCAGGACAAGGCCGCGGGCAUCGCCGCCAUGCAAAAGGCAGGAGAGAAGCGCGACCCGCACCAGGGCUACGGAAAGGCCGAGGAGAUUGCCGGCAAGUGGACGGGGUGCGAGGGCAUGCAGAAGGAGGGCGCCGCCAGCAAGAGGCAUGACGAGUAG